AUGUUUGCCACUCACACGGAAGCGGGACCGUCGCGCCUUUCUCAGGUCGUGACGGCGCCAUCCCCUCGACGCAUCCGCCACUGUCGGCAUACGAGCCUGCUGGCCUUUUCGGCUGUAGCUUCUGCACCUAUGCAAAAGAUGGCGGUGCAAGACGACGACGAAUCCGGCUAUGCCGGCUCAGUUGGAGUCUGCGUCGACUCGAGCAGCGAUCCUGCUCACCUGCGUGGUACCCGUAUCAGCCUAUCAUCGGUAUCACAUCGUUUUGUUCCCUUUUUCCUUCGACCGAUGGCAUCAGAGAUGGUGCGUCCACCAGAGGUGUCACGACCCACCCCUCCGGAAUGGUGCCCAGCUGUGAUGAUUUGA